AUGCAUUGGUUACGACACGGUGAUUCGAACUCGAAGUUCUUCCACAGGUCUACUACUGUUCGGAAUAAGUUCAAGAAAAUCACAACGCUUCUGGAUGAGACAGGGGCGGAGGUGAAAGGGCAGGAGGAGUUAUGCCAUGUUGCUAAGUCUUACUUUGAACAACUUUUUGAAAUGAAACAGGGAGUGCAUGAUCCGGUCCUAAACUGUAUUUCACCGGUUAUAUCGCAAGAGGACAAUAGGAAGUUGCUGACUCAAAUUACUAAAGCGGAACUCUUUGAAGCUCUGACCCAAAUGCAUCCGGAUAAAUCUCCUGGCCCCGAUGGUUUUAAUCCAGCUUUUUAUCAACAUUUUUGGGAGCUUUGUGGGGAUGAUAUUUUUAUGGCAGCUUCGACAUGGUUGGAAAGGGGAUUCUUUCCCUCUGAACUUAAUGAAACCAACAUAUGUCUUAUUCCUAAGUGUAUUGUUCUUAAUAAGUGUGUCUCGGAGGAGCAGUCGGCGUUUGUUGAGGGGAGGUCGAUCCUUGAUAAUGCUUUGGUGGCCCCGGAAAUUAUUCAUUCUUUAAAAAGGAAGACGGCUGGUAUUGCAUUAAAGAUCGAUAUUAGUAAAGCUUAUGAUAGAGUUGAUUGGGGUUUUCUGCGUGGUGUUCUCCUUCGUAUGGGUUUUGAUGAGAAUUGGAUUCAUUGGCUUAUGAUGUGUGUGUCAUCGGUGCACUAUUCUGUUCUUGUAAACUCCGAUAGAAUUGGACCCAUUAUUCCAGGACGAGGACUUAGACAAGGCGACCCUUUAUCGCCGGCAAAUAUUGUGGAAGCAUCUAAUCUUAUGGAGAUUCUUAACAUUUACACCGAGGCAAAUGGGCAGGAGAUCAACCUAGCAAAAUCUGAAGUGUUUUUCAGUCGUAAUCUGAGUGGUCCCGCACAAGAAGACUUAGCCCAACUGAUGGGGGUUAGGAGGGUUUUGGGAACAGGGAAGUAUUUGGGGUUACCAUCCAUGAUCGGCAGGAGUAAGAAGGCGGUGUUCUCUUUUAUUAAGGAUAGGAUCUGGAAAAGAAUCAAUUCGUGGAGUGGUAGAUCUUUAUCUAAAGCUGGUAAAGAGGUUAUGAUUAAGUCUGUCCUACAGUCGAUACCGGCUUACAUUAUGAGUGUUUAUUUGAUUCCGGAUGGAGUGGUGAAUGAUAUUGAAAAAAUGCUGAAUUCUUUUUGGUGGGGAGGUGGUGGUAAUAACAAAGGCAUAAGGUGGUUAGCUUGGGAUCGUAUGACUACUAAGAAAAGUGAAGGAGGAUGGGGUUUAGAGAUUUUAAAUCCUUUAAUAUGGCUAUGUUUGUGGAAGGCAAAGGCCGUUAUUAAGCAGGGUUGUAGGUGGUCUAUUGGUGAUGGUAGUAACAUUAAGGAUGUGAAGGAGGAUAGGCUGAUUUGGAACGAGGAGCAAAAUGGGGAAUAUAGUGUGAAAUCGGGGUAUAAAAUUUGGAAUGGUCUUCAUAGUAACACUCAGUUUCAUAAUACCGAAGGGAGAUGGAAGAGUAUUUGGAGUAUCUCUGCACCACCAAGAGCUAAACAUUUGCUUUGGCGGAUUUGUAAAGAAUGUCUACCGACGCGUACAAAGCUUCAACAACGUCAUGUUCAAUGUCCGUCUGUUUGUCCUUGGUGUGAGGGUGAGGAUGAAGAUGAUUGGCAUAUUUUUUUCGCAUGCGUCUCAAUUACUCAGAGUUGGCGGGCAGCAGGUUUGUCAUCUAUUAUAGAUCCUCGGUUGCCUAAUUUCAAUGAUGCUAAGUCCCUCAUCUUUGAUGUUUGUAGUCGGGAGGAUCGAAGGGAUGCGGGCCGAUUUGCUGUUUUGCUUGAGACCCUUUGGCGGAGUAGGAAUAAUAAGGUUUGGCAAGAUAUCAGGGAUGAUGCGUUGAGGAUUGGUAUCCAAGCUUAUCAUAAUUGGUAUGAUUGGUUCUUAGCUAGAGAAGAGCAUAAUUUGGCGGCGGGUAAUAAUUUACCUAUAAGUUGGAUUCCGCCUUCAGUUAAUCACUUGAAAUGUAAUGUUGAUGCAGCUUGGCAUGAUCUCUUAAAAGACGUAGUUUCUAAUUUCAUCCAUAAUCACUAUUGGAACAUUCCCCAACAGGUGACAGACUAUUGCCCAAAUAUACUAUCUAUUAUGAAUAAAGUAGUGAUCCCGAUUGAGAACAGAGAGGACUGUUCGGUGUGGAAGUUGUCCGAUACGGGAGAUCUGUCAUUAAAACAAGCCUACGAUUUCAAAUGCAAGACUAACAUUCAGCUUUAUUGGCCCAGUCAAUAUUUGUACGUGGUUGUCUACAGUUCUCGAUGGCAGAAUUUUUAUCUCUCAGCCAACCGAUAUUUAGAAGCUAUGCGAUCAGAACUGGAGUCCGCAAUGCAGGAUAGUGGUUCAGUUCACCCUCCUCGUUCUCUUGUGACCAAAGAAAUUUUUUGGGUUCCUCCACUUGAAAACUGGGUGAAGGCUAAUACUGAUAGAGAGGCCAAUAACAUCACUUCAGCUUGCGGUGGUAUCUUUCGUAGUAGUACAAGUGAUUUCAUCGUCGGUUUCGUUGAAAAUUUAGGACUUCAUAAUGCGUUUUACGCUGAAAUUUCUGGAGCUAUGCGAGCUAUUGAAGUGGCGUAA